ACAUAAAUGCAACCAAAACGUCAGCUACGGAAAUGUGAAAAGUUGAUGAAAAACGAUACAAAUCGGGGUCAAAAUCGAUUAAAAACUACAUUUAUUAUUUCGUCAAUUACAUUUGGAUAGAAAAAAAAUCGAUUAUUUUUUGUACGGUUAAAUUGUUCAUUCGAAUAUAAAAUCUACAUAAAAUGAAUAUGUUAGAAAGAAAUUUAUGUGAGCCGUGAAUAAUUGUUGUGUUUAUUUAUUUGUUUGUUUUGUUCAAUUCUAUUUAAUUGUGAAGCAAAUCAGUGUUUUGACAGCGCUAAACUAGUAUCUCGUCGAAUAAUUCAACGGAAUGAAGUGGAGCUACAAUUUGAUUCGAUUAUGAGUUGGCUUGAUAAAGUGAUAAAAUUAUCGACGAAACAAAAUAACGAUCUCUUGAUUGAAUGGCAAUGACUGAAACUUCCUCGGCAUCCGUACAAUGGUUGCGGCGUUACAAACUAUUCUUUUUUGGUGGUUUGAUACUCUUUGCAAUCCAAUUAUUUCUCGGUUAUUUGUUACCAAUAUUUGGCAAUACCGAUGACAUUUACAAUUCGAACGCUGCAUCGUUGUACAGUAAUUUAAUUGAAAUUCAAAAUGGAUAUAAAAAUCAGGCGGCAUUCGAUGAAUUAUUCCAUGACGAAGAGACGAUGGCAUUCGAUGAUGAAGACAUAAGCAAUAGCAAUCCAAUUGUUAAUUUCAAAGAAUUAACUGUGGGCGGCGCAGGUGGCGGUGGUCUAGCGUUACCAAAAAUUUUUGUGGCCUCAUCGGCCAAAGGUGGCAUUAACGGUCAUCAUCAAAUCAAUACCAAUAAUAUUCACAAUGAGAUUCAUUUGAAUGUCGCCAAAGAUACAAAGGGCGAUAAUAGUAAGAGUAAUCAAGUGAAAUUGACACCAUCAUCAUCGUCCGAUACGAAUUUAAAAUUAGAUAUAAAUAAAUUUAAGCCAAUAUGCGAUAUUGUGGCGAAAGAAGCCAUCUCAGCAAUUUAUCGUGCCCAAAGUCGUCAAUGUAAAGAGCUAAUUGCAAAUACAACAUGUGCCAUACAAAGUGGUACGUUUUAUCCGAACACUUUGCCUAAUUACUGCCCACACGAACCGUACAAUAAAAAUAAACCGCUUGGCUGUUUCAAAGACGAUAAAAAAUUUCGAACACUCUCCGGUUAUUAUAUCAAUUUUAAGACAACAAACACACCCACAAAAUGUAUUCAACUGUGUCUGCAAUCCGGUUUCGUUUAUGCUGGCGUUCAAUAUUCAACUGAAUGUUUUUGUGGAAAUUCCAUACCAGAGAAUACGGCAAAAUUACCUGAUCCCGAAUGCAAUUACAAAUGUUCUGGAGACCAAAAACAAUUGUGCGGCGGUUAUUUUACAAUCAAUGUCUUUGAAACUGGUAUUAAACAAUUCAUUCCACAGACGGGUGUAUUAGCCAUAAAAUCCGAGUUACCAAAAGUUCGGAUUGCAUUUUUGCUGACACUGAAUGGCCGUGCAGUACGUCAAGUGCAUCGACUACUAAAAUUAUUAUAUAGCGAAGAGCAUUAUUACUAUAUUCAUGUUGAUUCGCGUCAAGAUUAUAUGUAUGAAGAGUUGUUAAAAUUGGAGAAAAAAGUAAAUAAUAUACGUUUGGCACGUCAACGAUAUUCAACAAUAUGGGGUGGUGCCUCGUUGUUGCGUAUGUUAUUGGCAUCGAUGACUGAAUUAUUACAAACCGCCGACUGGAAAUGGGAUUUCAUCAUAAAUUUAAGUGAAAGCGAUUUUCUGGUGAAGACCAAAGAGAGCUUAGUUAAUUUUUUAAGUGCGAAUCGUGAUAAAAAUUUUGUUAAAUCGCAUGGACGUGAAGUGCAACGUUUCAUUCAGAAACAGGGAUUAGAUAAGUCAUUCGUUGAAUGUGAUACGCACAUGUGGCGAAUUGGUGAUCGUGACCUACCGCACGGCAUUCAAAUUGAUGGUGGCAGCGAUUGGGUUGGCCUAUCCCGAACAUUUGUUAAAUACAUCACAUCAAUCGAUGACCAUCAACCCGAUGAACUGUUGACUGGCCUACUUCGAAUAUUCAAUCAUACACUUUUGCCGGCCGAAUCAUUUUUCCAUACGGUUUUACGAAAUUCGCAAUUCUGUCACACAUACAUCGAUAAUAAUUUGCAUGUAACCAAUUGGAAACGUCGAUUGGGUUGCAAAUGUCAAUACAAACAUGUUGUCGAUUGGUGCGGUUGCAGUCCAAAUGAUUUUAAAAAUGAAGAUUGGCCACGUUUACUGUCAACGGAGAGUAAGCAGUUAUUUUUUGCACGAAAAUUCGAACCGAUUGUCAAUCAAGCCAUCAUUUUGCACUUGGAAGAAUGGUUGAUUGGACCAUAUGCAGCCGGUUAUCCAAAUUUACACAGUUAUUGGCAAAGUGUUUAUCAUUCGCGCGACAAAAGUCCGAAAAUUGACGAAGCAUUAAUUACAGUUGCAUCCAGUUUGGCAUGCCAUCAUAUUAAUAUAAAUUAUACGGUGAAAAGUAUAAUCGAAGUUACAACCUAUAUGGAUCGUGAUCAAUACAAAGGAUUCUUGGUGCAUCAUGAUAUCGUUCAUGUGGCAAACAAUAUGGAUGUUAUUCAAUUGGAAUUAUUGACACGGCCACAACAAUUUGGCCGUGUAUCACGGUCGACAACGUUGGGAAAACGCAUUAAAAGCAUUGAAGUGAGCACAGAAUAUGAUCAAAAAGAGCAGAUAUUACGAAAUUUCGCAAAAAUUAUGGGACCAAAUGCCGAACCAACGUUUUUAAUUCGUUUGGCCGAAAUCAAUUCGGAACCGAACAUUUUCACCGCACGCAAUUAUAAUUUAACGGUGCUAUGGAUUAAUCCAGCUGGUUAUUUAAGUGACAUAUCCGAUAUACACAUUGAUGCAUCGAGCGCAUCACAAACCAUAUCGUUUGCAAAAUCAAAUUUAAAAGCACCAUUGUUGGCCGGCAUUUGGACGGCCAAAUUGGUUUACGCACAUGCAAUGAUUGCACAAUGUAAUUUUUUAAUUAUUCCAAAAAUUCAUGGCGAUGCAAAUUCAACAAAAUUGUUCGACGCCACACAACCGCAUUCACAAUCGAUUUCAAAUGAACGUCAAACAAAAUACUGGAAUCAAUUUUUGCCGGCUGCUAAAGAUGCUGAAGUAAUGAAAGAACAAGCUUUAAUAAAUGCUAAAUUAAUUGAUGACGAACGAAUCAUGUGGAUAAGUGAUUUAAUCAAUAAAUUCUUUGUGAUCAAAGAAACGUGUGUGGUAGAACGUACCAAUGUUCUACCCAAUUUACAGCAAUGUAAUGAAACGCACUGGAGCUCAUUCGCCCCAGAUCCGAAAAGUGACUUGUUUGCUAAACCCAUUCUCAACAAUCCAUGAACAAUUGAACAUAUUACGACUAUUAUUUCAUUCGAGAUUAUUGGUUAAAUUGAAUACUCUAUGAGAGAGAGAGAGAAAUUUGAAUAAUUUCAAAUUGAAUCUAUUUAUCAUUUGAGAUGGGCUGCGUAAUUUUUCAGGCUGAUAAAGACAAAAAAACCCUUGAUAUAGUAUAUUAAAAAAAAAGAGAAACCAUAUCUAAUAGUGUUAGUUCUUAAAUUUUUAAGUCAAAAUUGUUGCAUUUGAAUUGUAUGUAAUGAUUGAAGUGAACAUUGGACAUCACAAAAUCUAUUGCGUCUAGUUUACUUUUAUUACAGACAAACAUUAAUACGACCUUUCUUGAAUAACCAAAAUGAUGUUAUACAUUAAAACAAAUAUAUUGUAUUCUAGUUUAUUGAAAAGAGUCAUUCUUGUAUAUGUGAAAAGUGAAACAGAACAAAUUUGAAAUUACAUACGUGUAAAUACUAUAAUUUUAAGAGACGUGAAAUAAAAUCUGUUGACAUGAAAAAAUUUUCGA